AUGGGUGGUGGUCCAUACGCUUCAAAGGUGGCCGCGUUGGGUGGACACCCAACCAAGGGUCUCGAUGUCCCUAUUGAUGCUGUUUACCUGGCUCUAUUCCUCUUUGCCGGUGCCGGACAUAUGAGACUUUACAUCAUGAACAAGAAGAGAGGGCAUAAGUUCAUUCCUUCAGCUGUGACAUUCGGUUUCUGUAUGUCCCGAGUGGUAGCCAAUAUCAUGCGAAUCGUUUGGGCCUGUUACCCGAGUAAUGUCAGUGUUGGUAUCGCUGCAUCUGUCUUUGUCGCUGCCGGUAUUCUGCUUUUGUUUAUUCUCAACCUUAUAUAUGCCCAGCGCAUGCUCCGUGCUGCGUUCCCAAAAGUUGGAUGGUCACCUAUUGGAUCAUGGCUCUUCAAGGGAAUGAUCGCUGUGGUCCUUAUCACCCUGGUCAUGUUGAUCACAGUUCUUAUUCAGGGUAGUUACACCCUGGAUAUGAGCAUCCUGCAGAUUGACCACAAGAUUCAGCUGUACGGUGUCGCCUACUUCGCUGUUAUCGCUUUCCUGCCACUCCCCAUCACAGCACUUGUUUUGAUCUUCUCCUACGGAAAGCAGGUUGAGUCCUUUGGUUCAGGUUCUUGGGCUGCAAAGGGUGCCAUUGUUCUUACUGCUGGUGUCUUUCUCUGCCUCGGUGCUUCCUUCCGUGCUGCAACAAACUACUUGCCUACCCACCUGGCUACCGAUCCGCCCGCCUAUGAUUCCAAGGCUUGUUUCUACGUCUUCGAUUUCGGUAUCGAUAUCUGUGUCGUCAUCUUCUUCCUCGUUACUCGUGUUGAUCAGCGAUUCUAUGUGCCUGAUGGAAGCUCCAAGGUUCGACACUACCGUGGUACUGGGGUGGAACAAAAGGAUGGGGUUUCGGAGAAUGCCUCUAUUGAGCGAAAGGAGGAGAAGGAUGCACCCUUCCCCGAGGCUCAGGUCUAG